GGUUCGCAAGCGCCACGGGCCGCCGCUUGUCAUGGCAUCUCCCGCGGCUCAGCCGCCGACCAAGAAGGGCAGGCGGAUGCAGAAGUACCGCGAGGAGUGGGAAAAGGAGUUCGGCUGGCUGUGCAAGGUGGAGGGCAACGCGCUGAAAGCUCGCUGCAGCGCUUGCAACAGGGACUUCUCCAUUUCGCACGGGGGGGUGUGCGACGUGAAGCAGCACGCGGCGGGAGGGGGGCACAUGCGCAGCAUUCGAAUGCAGCACCAGAAGCGAGCCGCGGCGGUGUCGCCGGAAGCUGAGCAGGCGCUAUGCUCUUCUGUCAGUCUCUUGGAGAUAAAAGUAGAAAAAACAGAUGAAGUGAUGGCAGAAGACGGGCCUGGAAAUUCAACAAAGAUGUUUCAGUUCAGUGCUGAGCCCACCCUGGAACACAUUCGAAGCCUCCAUUCUGCAUUUUCUACUGAGCGGGGCUGGGGAAAGUACCACCAGCCUCGGAAUCUGCUUCUUGCCCUCGUGGGCGAAGUGGGGGAAGUGGCCGAGCUCUUCCAGUGGCGGACUGAAGUCCCUGAAGGCCUACCAGGUUGGACAGCAUCGGAACGAGAAGCCCUUUCAGAUGAGCUCAGCGACGUCCUAAUUUACUUGGUGGCUCUGGCAGACAAGUGCCACGUGGACCUUCCUUCUGCUGCCCUCCGUAAAAUACAGAAGAACCACCUCAAAUACCCAGCCGAGAAAGUCUACGGGUCAUCCAAGAAGUACACAGAGUAUCAGUAAUAGGUACUGCCGUUGCCGCUUCCUGAACAGGAAGAAAGAAACUUACCUGUGGCCUUGAAAGCUUCCUUGGAUCUGGUCAGGAAGACUAAGGAUGCUGUUGUGAUUUUAGGCCUAAUCCAAAUGUGUCAGUUCCAAGCAUGUCCCUCCCUCAUUUUAGCCAUUGUGGGAUAAGUCCUGCUGUCUCAUCAGUGUGUGAUGGAUUGGGAGGGGAAGUGUGUUGUGCUGCUGUUGCUUCCUGGGCUCUCAUUAAAAAAAAAAAUUGUCGUGUGCUCACGAAGUAAGGAGCAAUUUGCCUUAACCAGCAAAAGCAGGGCAAAGACCCUUGUGUGUCUCUUAUCCUUUCAGAUACUGCUUUUGAGAAGACAGUUGAAUUUUGUGCCAUGGGUGAAACUGCACCCUUAUGCACCCUUUGACUAGGGGCUCCUCCAUUUUCAGAAGGAAACUUGGUGUCACGGAGCAGGUGCCUGUGGCAGUCUCAGUGUGUUCUUGGGGAGAGCCACCAGUUUGAGCAGAGGAAUGGGGGUAGGGGAGAAGGCUGCAUAGCUCUACCAGGGGGAAGACGCAUCUUUUCCACUGAUGGAAAAGGAGUUGAGUGGGGGCUGAUUUUGAGUGACAAAGGGCAGGCGGGAGAAGAGUUAAGCAGCCUGUCUGCCACCAGCCAUUCCUUUGCUCAAGCUGGCUGGCUGCCUCCACUUUGUUCUUUUUCAGCCACCCAAGCUGUCGUAUUGGUUGUUUUGGGUGCAGCAUCAGACUGCAGAUUCAUGCAAUUCACUGCUUCUCGAGCAUCAUGUUGUCUUUGCUUGAGAACUAUGUCCUGUCUUUAAGAUUGCCUUGUUGAGCUCUCACUAUCUACUCAGUUCUUAAAAUUACCCAUAUGAGCUCAUGAGAACUGCGGACAUAAUAUUUUAUCCCGUCUGCUUGUAGAGGGUCUGUGGACAGCAUGGCAUAUAUUUCUAGAUAAACAGAUAACCCAUGCAGUUGGGCUGGCAUAAGGAAAUGAAUUCAUAGAAAAGUAUCUGUUUGAGGUUGGAUAGGGCCCAGCAGGGCUUUUUUUCAGGGGGAAUGCGGGGGAACGGAGUU